AUGAAGGUCUCUGUGGCUGCCCUCGCUGUUCUCGUCGCCGCCUUCUGCUACCAGACUUCUGCUGCGCCAAUUGGCUCCGACCCGCCGACCUCCUGCUGUUUCACCUACACCUCCCGGCAGCUGCCCCGCAGCUUCGUGGUGGAGUACUACGAGACCAACAGCCUGUGCUCCCAGGCAGCCGUCGUGAAGGGCCGCCAAGUCUGCGCCAACCCCGAGCAGGACUGGGUCCAGCAGUACAUGGCCGACCUGGAGCUGAACUGA